AUGCGUGCUUCUAGCAACGAAUAUCUGGGCGAAUGCCUUCCUAUCGAUAAUGAUAUGAUAGCGAUACAUCCACACGAUGAUUCAUGCAACGGCUGGUUACUAUCUUCAUCUACGAUGGUCAUCUCAAAGUCAGAUAUUAGGAGAGCUUGCGAUAGCUCUUCAGCUACUUUCAAUAGCUGGUCGAAGGGUCACGAAAGCUCAGCACAAGAAUCACAAUCACAAUGUCAGGGUUCAGCAAAAGGUUGGCAGCGACUUUCCCUCGUCGAAACGGACCCAGGGAUGAUGGAAGAUCUCUUUGAAGCGUCAGACUCCGAGUCUUUCACUGAUGAUGAUCCAUCAUCAUUUUACUCCUCUUCAACCUCAAGUCAUCCUCCGGAAGAGGAAGAAGAGGUCUGGAAUCGUUAUUUUCACGCAGAAUCAGAAUGUCUACCACCACCUCCACCUCCGCCGCCGGUACCUCAUCGUGUCUACUCACUAUUUCCCACCACAGUUCCACAAUCACCUCAAGCACACAAUCAACAUUCAACUCACAAAUCAUGGCCUACACAGGCUUGGCCUGAACGGCUCGACUCCCGUCCCAAUCGUUCUAACGGUCGCGCUCGCGCGCAAACUACACCUUCCCAACCCAACACGCCAUCUAAUCUCAGUUCUUGCACAAGUAUCAAUCAAUCAGUCCCUGGGUCAUACGUUCCGGCCAGCUACCGUCAUACUCAUCCCCCUUUGCCUCACUACAACUCUUCCACUCCUCUGGUUUUGAAGUCCGAAUUCGAAACCGACUCCGAUGACGAAGAUGAGAACUCUCCUAGUAAGAUGGCCAAAGCCAUCGAGGAGAUGUUUGAAAAAUUCCGAUCGAACGGUGGAGGCUCAAACAAGAAUGGCAGCGAAGAAAGGACCAGAAGAUCAGGCGGAUUCAGGAGAAGCGCAAGUGAAGCCUGUGAGGCCGUCAGAGGAAUCUUCAGUAAGAAGUCACACGUACCUCCCGAACGACGCCUUUCAUAA